AUGACUACCACUGAAGAUUCAUCCAACACCACCCCUCCUCCCACACCCACUCAUUCUACUGGCCGAAAUUCAUCUCACACCACUCCUUCCGCAACCUCUGUGCCUGUCCCUAUUCAUCCUGCCCUAACAGUGCCCAACAUCACUAACUUCAUCAAAAUCACUUUAAGCAUGGAGAAUGGACAGUACAACACCUGGUCUGAACUGUUCAAGAUUCAUGCUCGUGUCUUUGAAGUGAUUGAUCAUAUAAUUCCACCUUCACCCACCACCAAACCUGAGACUCCCUCUCUCAAAGAAUCAGAUUACCAAUUGUGGCGACGACUCGAUGCCGUUGUUUUACAGUGGAUUUACGGCACGAUCUCUAAUGACCUCCUUAAUACCAUCAUAGAGCAUGACUCUACAGCAGAACUUGCUUGGAACAGGUUAUUCGAUAUUUUCUAUGAUAACAAAAAUUCUAGGGCUCUCUAUCUAGAGCAAGAAUUUUCGCGCACGCAUAUGGAACAGUUCUCCAAUGCGUCGGCAUACUGUCAACUGAUAAGUGCCAAAAAGUAG